AUGGCUUAUGCAGCUGUGAUUUCUCUAAUUCAGACGUUGAAACAAGUAAUGCAACAAAAGCCACGUUGGGUAAUUGGUGAUACAAGAAAAAUGGUGGAAUCACUCCUAGAUAGUGUUGGAUAUUUCCAAAACUUUGUUGAGAGCAGUUGCAAUAUUAGAAGGCAAGACUCAUGUAAACAUUUUGAGCAGUUAGAGAGAGAGAUAAGAAUUGCAGUGAAUGAAGCAGAGAAUGUGAUUGAACUAAAUAUAUAUGAAUUUAAUCAAUUGGAACGUUGUUGUUCAAGACUUGGAAUGUCACGCCAGCCUAUAUGCGACGAUCUGCCUCCACUUUUAGAAAAGAUUGAUGCUGUGAAGAGGAAGAUCUUGAUGCAAAAUAUUACUAUUAUUAGUAGUACAAAAGUGGAUUCGUUGCUAGGUCUUGAUUCAUCAUCUAAACAUAAUGCAAAUCUGAGUCAAGAAGAUGUUGUCGUGGGUCUUGAAGACGACUUGAUGAAAAUCAUGAGACGACUAAUAGGGCCACCAUGUGGUCGAGAAGUUGUCUCAAUUUUAGGCAUGGCGGGGAUUGGCAAGACAACUCUUGCUAAAGAAGUAUACCAUCAUCCUGAAAUCAGGAAUCGCUUUGACAUCCAUGUCUGGGUAACGAUAUCUCAAGAAUAUCGAACUAGAGAUUUGUGGUUGAGCAUUCUUUCUUGUAUCCCUCACAUUAGUGAGACUAAUCCAAUGGAUGUGAGCGAGGAGAUUAAUGAAAGUACUGACGAUCAGCUGAUGGAUAUGAUAUACAAAAAGUUAAAGUAUCGGAGGUACCUUAUUAUCAUGUAUGAUAUUUGGAGUAAGGACAUUUGGGAUCUUAUGACAAGAAUUUUUCCUGAUGAUAACAAUGGGAGUCGAAUUAUUUUGACUAGUAGGCACGAAGAGGUCGCUAAGCAUGCAGAUCCCGAUAGCAAUCCUCAUAAGAUGAACCUUUUGAAUUGGGAUAAUAGUUGGAAGUUACUUAAGGACAAGGUGUUUGGUGUAGAGCAUGGAUGUCCUCCUGAAUUAGAAGAUAUCGGAAAGCAAGUAGCACAAAAAUGCCACGGACUACCUUUAGCUCUUCUAGUGGUUGCAGGACAUCUCUCGAAACUUUCUACAACACGAAAAUGUUGGAAUGAUGUUGCCAAAACUAUAAGUAAAAUUGUUGCUAGUGAACCAGAUAAAUGUCUUGGAGUGGUCGCGAUGAGUUAUAGUUACUUGCCCGAUCACCUGAAAUCAUGCUUCCUUUCUAUGGCAGCUUUUCCGGAAGGUUUUGAGGUUGAAACUCAUAGAUUGAUCCAAUUAUGGGUUGCUGAUGGUUUUCUAAGGAAUGAAAGGGUCAAAAGCUUGGAAGAAAUUGGAAAAGAAUGGUUGGAGGAUCUUAUUAGUAGGAACUUAAUAAUGGUUAUAAAACGGAGAUUCAAUGGCGAGAUGAAAACAUGUGGCGUUCAUGAUCUGGUGCGCGACUUGAUUUUAAGACAAGCUGAAAAAGAGAAGUUUAUGCAGGUUACCAGAAUUCAUAAAGUCAUAAGAAGAUUCAAUGAUUCAGCUUGUAAGCCUUAUAUUCGUCGUUAUAGUUUCCAUUCAACCAUUUCUCCGAGUGAUUGCUGGAAUUCAUUAUCUAGUUUCACCCGAACUUUAUACUUAUUCAAUGGACUCAAACUUGUAUCGCCCGUUUCUAAACAAGUACCUUUUUUAGCGCGCUUCAAACUUCUAAGAGUGUUGGCAAUCCUUCAGUAUACUUUCCGAGAAUUCCCUCUCGAGUUAACAAAAUUAGUACAUCUCAGAUACCUUGAAUUCAACUGUUAUGAUGAUCUUCACAGGUCAGUGUCCGAGCUGUAUAAUCUGCAAAACUUGGUUUUUGGCGGACACUCUAAUUUACCAGUGGAUAUCUGGAAAAUGAAACUUUUGAGGCAUCUUCAGGUAAGAAAGAUCUCUUCUUUUCGUGUUCCAUCGAGUAAAGAAGGGUCCGGUUUCAAGCUACAAAAUCUCGAGGGACUUUCAGAUAUAAGUAUUUCCUGUUGUACUAAGGAAUUGUUUACUGGUUUUCCCAAUCUAAAGAGGCUGAAAAUUCAUGGCGCUUGGGCAGAAUGCAGGAGAGAUAUGAUUUUCCAGACGCUAAAUAACCUUUCCUGUUUAAAUAAGCUUGAAAUAUUGAAGAUAAUCUGCUCCAGAAAAUUAUACCCGCACCCUCUCCCAAGUAAGUAUGCUUUGCCUACAUCUCUGAAGAGGUUGACUUUAAGAUGCACUUAUUUACCAUGGGAAGACAUGGCUAAUAUUGUAACACUGCCAAAUCUCGAAGAGCUUAAAAUUAAAGACAAUGGAUUUGAUGGCGACGUAUGGAGAUUAAACGAUGAAGAGAAUUUCAAUCAACUUAAGUUCCUCCUAAUCGACAGGACAAAUCUGAAGCAUUGGGACGCUGGCAGUGUUAACUUCCCAAUGCUGAAACGCCUAGUUCUGAAACGAUGCUUAUACCUGGAGGAAAUUCCUAAAGAUAUUGGCGAAAUUUGUACGUUGGAGUCAAUAGAGUUGCAUAACUGCAGAAGUUCUGUUGCAAAAUCCGUCAAAGAAAUUCAACAAGAGCAAGAGAGCAUGGCGAAUGAUAGCCUUAGUGUUCGCAUCAACGAGAAACCUUGUGAGAUUCAAACUAUCUCAAAAGAAUACUUCCAAAUCAGUUAG